GUUUGGAAAAAAAACCCCGCACCAGUCUGCAGGAGCUGUCGGCCGCUGUCCGGCGUAUCUCGUUUACGUUGAGGACGUAAACGUUGUCCGCCGUGGUCCAAUUUGACAUUUCUGAGGAUCAAGAGAGAGAGAGACUGGCCAUGUUGACACUCCCCUCCAACUCGCUCGCCCACCUUGUUUUCCCCAUGGAUGGUGAUGCAAUUUCCCCCAACCCCUUUUGUAGUGCAUCCCCCCACAAUGAGCCUUCACCACCACCACCACCUCCUCCUCUCCUCCCCCUUCCUUCCAUCACUCCCAGAGCGAGCGAUGGAACGUCAGACCGCAGGAGGAGCGGCCGCAUACAAGCAAUCAAAACUCAAGACCCUCGGGUGGAAGAGAUUGUGGAGACGCCGUCCACGUGCAAUCCGUCCUCGUUCAAAAGACACGCGAACGAUCUGGUGCAACUGUCUCAGUCCAAGCAGCCAAGAGUUGAAAGCACAUUUGAAGAAGAGAAGCAGCAGCAGGAUGGCUGUGAUUUUAACGCCGCAGCGGAGUUCCAAAAUACGGAAAAGGACUUUGCAGAGGACCAAGACGAGGGUCUGCUGGAGAGUUUGGAUCGGACGACAGCAUGCCAGUCGCUGAGCCGUGCCGCGGAUGUAAGCAACUCCGCCCCCGCUGGGUGGCUGAUGGGCCCCCUGUUCCAGUCCUUGAAGUCCAAGAUGGCCAGCUUCACGGAAAUAGUGAUGAGCCCCGUGAAGCUCUUUCAGGAUAAAAAACAUUUGACUCCUGAAAUUCAACCGGACAACACCGGCGAGUCUUCGGAAGCUCACCGCGAGCCAUCGGAAACUGGCACACGGGAAGCAAAGGAGAGCUCGUUCACGUUGGUGCUGCAACCUGGAAGUGACUCUUGCCAUUCUCGGAGACUGUUUAGCACGUCGCCUGACGAAAUACGAGUGCCUUUUCCAGCAAACCAGGAGAGCAAACCGCUCGUACAGGAACCCACCGUAAAGACAGCCGACACAAUUGAGAAGGCCAAAGUGUCAACGCUGCCGAAAACCCGCCCAAGAAACCUCAAUGCGGAAAAAAGUCCGCCUUUGUAUUCCUGCCACGUCCAGCUGGAGCAUCUUCACUACGUCGCUCACGAUGUCAGCCGUCAUGAAACGAACCACGUGGACGGCACUCGCCAUGAAACGAACUCGGGUUUCGUGCGCUCCAAAAGGACUCUCGGCACUAAAGCCCGAACGGAGAGGAAAAGACUGAAGUCGGAAAUUAAAAACGGACCCGAAGCCCCGCCACUCAAACAGAAAGUACCGUCCGAACUUUCAGGCGGCCACGAAGCGCUCAAACGUGCCGCCAAGUGCCGCAACGUCAAGCGGAAAUUGCUCGGAGACGAGCACGAUGACGCCAGCAGGAAGACGGUGAAGUGCAAGUCGGUGGAGCCGACGCCCGCCGAGCCGGCGGCUCCAAGCGAAGGUGCCCCCAACUCGGGACGGGGCAGGCCCAUUAAGAGACCCGCAAAGGCUCCCCGAGGUGAGCUACAAGCACAAACCGAAAAGCCUCCAGCUCAAAUGUCCACAGAACCGUUUUACUUUGAAAUGACUCAUUUCGAAGGGAAGCCAUUAGAAUGUAGCAACCCAAAUCGAGGCGGCGAUCAGGAUGCCACUGCCUCCAGGUUACGCAACGUAAAAGUUAACGGGAAGAAGCCCCGAGGGGAUCCAAGGUCCAGGAAGUCUCGCUUCAGUCGAACCCAAGCGCACAACGCGACGCCCUCGGCCGUGGCCAAGGACCUCCCGACGCCUCCCAACCAAAGCGGGUCGGCCGGCCACCUGUUGCGCAGAUACUCGUGCCCGGAUAUCCCCUCGCUCUUUGCCUCGCUUCCUCCCCAGCCGCCGCUGACUUUGGUCCCGGCGCACGAGCCGGCGGGCUCGCGACGCGCCCGCCGCCACACGGUGAGCUGCGGGGAGGUGGAGCGAGAGAUGGCUCCGCUGUGCUUGCGCAAGGAGGUGUACCCGUCCAGGCGCUCCUUCCCCUGCGACGGGCAGAAUCUGCCGCCCGCCCUCCUGCCCAGCUCUUCGCUGUCGGCGCUGGCAUCCCGCUUCCUGUCCAGCCCCCUGGCCUUCCUGUCGGGGGGAGGCCAAGGCAACGCGGUGACCGCCGGCAUCACGGCAUCAAGCCAGGCUGCCUCUGCGUCGGCUUCUUCGCCCAACACGGACUCCUUACUUGGCGCCUUCGAGGCCUGCGCCAGCGUCAAUGCGUCGGCCGGCGGAAGUGACAACGGGACGCCCGGCAAGGCGGAGGAGGACGAGGACAAGUUGGAUGACGCCACGGUGGCACAGAGAGAAGAAAAAUCUCUGUCCGACUCUGAGCUCAAGGAAGCAGCGAAACGGGAGAAUCCCGGCAAGGUGUCGUCCAUCCGCAUCCGCAGGGCGUUGCCCAAACCUCAGAACAACCUCACGCCCAUGGGCCUCCCCAAAGCUAUCAGGUUGAAGAAAAAGCAGUUCAGCUUGGAGGAAAUUUACACCAAUAAAAACUUUAGCAAACCUGAAAGGUGAGCCUCACGCUCCGCAUUUUGGAACAGAUUUUAGCGAGCAUCAUGGAAGUUCACGUUUGAUUUGCUUCUGCGGGCCACAUAAAAUGAGGUGGCGGGCCAGAUCUGGCCCCCGGGCCUUA